CAGUGAGGAGUAUGCUAUGCGAAGCGUAGUGCAGCGCAUCGACACAAAUCACGUUUUCUUUCAAAGUUCCCAGCUUCAUAACGCGAACAGGGCACAACACCCCACUUUAAAGCUUUGGUACUAAUGCUGGGCUGCUGCGCACGACCGAUCGACGAACUCAGCUUCAUCGGCGCGGAGAGAAAGUUAAAGGGAUCGAGCUCCUGUGGCCAUGGAUACCCAGCCACCAGGCCCCCAUGUACCUGUUCCAGUCUUUCAGCCACAGAAACCUCUACAGCCGGAUAUGGGCCACAACUCGUUAGCCAAUUUUCAAAUUGAGAAGAAGAUCGGGAGGGGGCAGUUCAGCGAGGUGUACCGGGCGAGGUACCUGCUGGACAACACAUCGGUAGCUUUAAAAAAAGUACAGAUAUUUGACCUGAUGGAUGACAAAGCCCGGCAAGAUUGCAUCAAAGAAAUAGACCUCCUUAAGCAAUUGAACCAUCCGAAUGUGAUUAAAUACCAUGCCUCGUUCAUUGAGGACAAUGAGCUGAACAUCGUCCUGGAGCUAGCGGAUGCGGGGGACUUGUCACGGAUGAUCAAGCACUUCAAGAAGCAGAGGAGGCUGAUCCCAGAGCGCACCGUGUGGAAGUACUUUGUGCAGCUGUGCAGUGCCCUGGAGCACAUGCACUCCCGGCGCGUCAUGCACAGAGAUAUAAAACCAGCUAACGUGUUCAUUACUGCCACUGGGGUUGUAAAACUGGGGGACCUGGGACUCGGCCGCUUCUUCAGCUCCAAAACCACGGCAGCGCACUCUUUAGUGGGCACACCAUACUACAUGUCCCCAGAGCGCAUACACGAAAAUGGGUACAACUUCAAAUCAGACAUCUGGUCGCUCGGCUGCUUGCUGUAUGAGAUGGCGGCCCUCCAGAGCCCCUUCUAUGGGGACAAGAUGAACCUGUACUCCCUGUGCAAGAAGAUUGAACAGUGCGACUACCCUCCCCUCCCCUCUGACCACUACUCCGAAGAGCUGAGGAAGCUGGUGGACAUGUGCAUCAGCCCUGACCCAGAGCGGAGGCCAGACAUCACUUACGUGUACGAUGUUGCCAAGCACAUGCAGGCAGUCACACUUGGCAGCUAGGUCCAAGCCCUGCCCCCACCCGUUUCAUCCCCCCACCACCACCUCUACAUGACGCCCUCUUUUCAAGAAAGAUGAAGAUUCUCCCAAGUUGUCCACUCAACGCAAUGAAGCUCUUUGGUUGCACCAGUGCCAGUUCCCUAAACGAGGUUCAAGAAUGUUCAGCUGAUCUCCCUUCCCUCUUCUGACAGGAGGAAACAGACCUGGGUGUACAAAACGCAGAGAAUUACCAUAGCCCUGCAGGAACACCCAGCCAAAAAACUGUACUCCGAGUGCGUAUCUGUAUAUCGAGAUUUUUAACCAAUAUUUGUUGACAUUUAUUUUGUUUCAUGGUCGGCACAAGUGAUUCUCUACAUUUUUGUGAAUACCUAUAUGAAUACCAUACUUACAGAUCAAUGCAGAACUGACAAAUCUGUACACCUGCAUUACAUGAAAAUGGACAGAUUAAGCCUUCAGACCAUCCAGAAAUACUUGAUUUUAUUUCAGGAGGUAAUAGCCAGAGUAUGAAUGUUGUUUAAAAGUAUAGUGUGCAUCUUAAGUGAAAUGCAGAGUUUAUGUAUAAUCUUGUACCUCACACAGGUAUGUUUGCAGUGCAAAUUUGCACAAAAUAUUUGACAACAACCCACACAGAAGGGAAAUGAAGUUAAUGAGAUUUGGGAAAACAUACUUGCAUUAACAAAUCCCUGCCAAUUUUGCUGCAAAUUUCCAAAGAGAUCACAUUGUAUUGAGAAAAUCCAAUUCAGCCUUAACUCACCAGUCACAGAGUAUAAAUACACACAUUUAUAAAGACAUACCACACAAGUUGUCUGUUUUGCCAUAUCUCUUUGCUAAAUUUGUAUGGUGAAGCAUUUGUUUAAAUCAGUUUCUAAAAGAUAGUAAUUUUAUUUCUAC